CACCGGGACGCACCUGCAGCUCCUACGGGCGCCACGGAGAGGAGCUGCGCUUUUCAGAGCCCUUGCACACCAGCCUAGCCACUAUGUCGACAACGGUGGUCUGGAACGGAGACCAGGUGGCUCCCCUGUUCGGCUACCUGGGAGCGGCCUCCGCGCUGGUCUUCUCCUGCUUUGGCGCUGCCUAUGGCACAGCCAAGUCUGGCGUGGGCAUUGCGUCCAUGGGUGUGAUGCGCCCCGAGCUGGUUAUGAAGUCGAUUGUGCCUGUGGUCAUGGCGGGUGUGCUGGGCAUCUACGGCCUCAUCAUUGCGGUCAUCAUUAGCACCAACAUCAACCAGACCCAGGACAAGGCCUACUACUUUUUCGACGGCUACGCCCACUUUGCGGCGGGCCUGGCGUGCGGGCUGGCAGGCCUGGGCGCGGGGAUGGCGAUCGGCAUCGUGGGCGACGCCGGCGUGCGCGCCAACGCGCAGCAGCCCAAGCUGUUUGUGGGCAUGAUCCUCAUCCUGAUUUUCGCCGAGGCGCUGGCGCUGUACGGCCUGAUCGUGGGUAUCAUCCUUGCAUCCAAGGCGGGCACAGCCGCGCCCAUGUCCUGAUCACCCAAGGCAGCCGCCCCUCCAGGCUGCCCUGCGCAGGCAGCGGGUUCACGGCAGGCUCCCAUGGCGCAGCAGCAGCUGGGCAGGCUGGUUUAGGGUUCGCUCCAGCCAGGCCGCGGUGCCAUCCCAGCAGCACAAGAAGAACAAGUAACAGUUAGUAGCACCUCUGUGGCGACCCGCGGCGUGACUUGGCUGCCUGAAGGCGCAGCCGUCCUUACCACCGCCCGCCGCACGCCAGCAACCACCUUCCCUCCUCCCUAGUGUGGCUGCAGGGGCGGGGCUGUGGCCCACUCCCCACUCCUUUCAGGUUCCCUGGCCGCGGCCGGGUUGGGCCGGCGCGCCCCCUCGGCCGCCAGCACUGCAAGUUUUGUUUUAAUGUCUUGUCUGUGUGGUCUGGACUGCAGCACGUUCACUCUUCUCUUCUUCACCCCCGCCAUCUUGUCGGCACCCCUUGGCGGCAUCCGCUCCAACCCCGCCCGGCGUGUAAACGGGGCCGACCACC